AUGAACUAUCAAUUUAUACAAUUUGGCAAAUUAGUUCGAUUCUGUAAGCUUGCUAUUCGAAAUGAUCCCUUGUUAAUCUUCAAAGCUGAUGACUUCACAACAAUCAAACAAGACUUGCUCCUUGAUGUUCUGAAGAAAACCAAGGAUUCUGAAAGGCCUAUUAAAGUUUGGGACAGAUUAAUGGAAUGGAGCAUUGCACAAUCUGACGAUAGAUUACCGACCGAUAUUAAAAAGUGGACAAAUAAUGAAAUAUUGAUAUUUAAGGAGUUAGUUCAACCAUUUUUAUCGUAUAUUAAUUUUAAAAAAAUUAGUCCAACAGAUUUUUUUCGCAAAAUCAGACCACUUAAGAAUAUUUUUGACGUGGAUUUUUAUAUUCAAAUAAUUGAAUAUUAUUCUUUUAAUGCAAGCCAAAAAGGACCUGGAAAGUGA